CCUCCCUCAGACCUGGGGCAAUAACAUCUUCGCCACCCUGGCCACUUCCUCUAAACAUUGAUAUAAGGGUUUAAGGCUAACACUCAGUUAUCUGAGGUGCUGAGAAAUUGGGUCUCCUGUGCCCAGGGAGGGUCCUUGGAAGAAAUCCCCAGAUUAAGGAGAAAGUGUGUCCACACCCCAAGGACUAAGCAGUGAUGAAACUUGCCUUCAUUCUCUCAUUUGUCCUGUUGGGGACAGUUUCUUCUCUUCAUAUGAGAAAUGAGGCUAUUAACCUAGAGAAACUAGAGGAAGUAGACACCCAGGCUGAGGAGUCAAAGGUGCCAGAGGGAGGAGAAUUUCUUGCUUCUGCUGACAAAUCCUCUAAGAAGGAGAAAGAAGUCACAGAGUCAGUCUCAGCUGCCAAAGAUAAUUACACUCUGGAAGCCAAAAAAGAGGAGACAGUUUAUGUGCUGGAGAACGCAAGGUUUCAUGUCAGAUAUGUGUUAAUCAGAAAACUGAAGACAUUUACAGAAGCUCAGAGAUACUGUCAGCAGAACUACAGGGGCAAUCUAGUUUCCAUCCACAAUUCUGACUUCAACUGCAAACUCCAGAAUUUAGCUAAAAGAAUCAACCAACGCUGGGUUUGGAUUGGAGCUUACACCACUAGCUGGUUCUUCGUCAAGAAAUUUAAAUGGAUUGAUCGGAGCAACUGGGAUUUUUCAUACUGGGCAAUAGGCCAGCCACUCUUUGGUUGGGGCCGCUGUGUAGCUAUGUGUACUAAUGGUAGUGGCUGGAGUAGGACUUCAUGCCAUCAAUCAUUGCCCUUUAUCUGUUCCUAUUGAGUCAAGUUCCCUCUCCCACUUUAAUAAACUCAGAUUCCCUGCAG